GCACUUCAUGAGAGCAAGAGGGAGAUUUGAAAGAAAUGUUUGAGUGAAUUUUGAAUUCUGCAUGAAAGGACCAUAUUGAAGUAACACUGCUGUAAGAAAGGAGUUUAUAUGCUACUUCAUGAAGAAUGAUCAAGUAGAAGCUAAUUUGUUGUUGAAAAAGGAAAAGGACAGAAUUGAUGAUUAGAGAUGAAAUGGUGAGAGAGAGAUUAGUGCUGUUACAGCUAAUGAAAAACUGUUUGAUUGCCUCUCUGGUCAGUGAUUUAGGGCAGACUUUUCUAGGAUUUUACAAGUUCCAGAACCAGGAAGCUACUUUAUGGCAAGAUGUAAUGGAAACUGUGAGAAAUUGUUGUGAAGGUCACAGUGAAUGCAGGAGAUCACUGUUAUCAGAACAGACAGGAUAAUGGUAUAUAUCUUUUUCGACUCGACUUCCUGUUUAUUAACCUGAACUGAUGAAGAAGACGGCUUGUUGAUCAGAUAUACAGACUGAAGGAGAGAAGUUACAGUUCAAGAAACAAUGAAAUUAUAAGUUACAAACUCAGUUACCUGCUGACAAAAAGUUAAGUUACAAGCUGAGUUACACACUAAGAAAGAAAAAGUAACAAAUUCAGACACAUGCUGACAAAAGGAAAGUUACAAGCAGAGUUACAAGCCAAAAGCAUUAUUUUGUAUUGCAUUAAUAAGCUGAUAAGGGAAAGUAAACACAGGAACAUUGUUUAUGGAGGAAAAAUAUGAACGUGGACACCCGUGUGUGCUGUACACAGCACUGUUUGUUUGUGAGAGGAAACAUGUAAAUUUAAGGUUUCCAUGGAUACAAAAUGGCUGCCAUAUUGGUAAUUCUUUUGUGUUCAGUUUUAUUUGGGCAUGAAACUUUCGGAUAUAAACAGAUAGAAAAUGGAGGAAAUCAAAACACUUUACUGGAAAAGAAGGAAAAUGAAAAAUAUGGAAAAAGUAUAAAAGUUUUGAAACGUUCUGUUGGAGAGGUAAAUGAAAUUGGGGGAAGUAAUAUUAAUGCUGAUGUUGAAACAACAACAACAGUAACAAACAUUAUAAACUACUCGGCUCCAGGAAGUGACGUUACCCAUGAUGUUAAUGUAAAAUCGAUAACACCAAACUACGACGGAGGUGAUAAUCAAAAUUUUGAAAGUUCUCAUAAUGCUCAAAAUAGUAGUGAGUCUUCUAUGCAGAGUAAUAACAAUGGUAACUGGAAUAAUGCAAUAUCUGGAAGCAAUACGGACAAACAAGACAGUGAUAUUGAUUAUAAUAAAGCCUCAGGAAAUAAGACUGUAAAUAACAAUAAUAAUUCUACUGCCAUAUCUCAAAGUGCAAUAGCCUCAUCAAAUCAGUCUAGUGCAAUUUCACAUGAAUAUGCUCUGUCUUCUUCACAAAAUGACUAUAAAAAUGAUACUACAGACACUUUUGCCACCCCAGUAACAUCUACAAGAGGAAAUGUUUCUGGAGAAAUCACCAGUACGGAUAAAAUGGCUAACUUUAUCGGUGGAAGCAAUCUCAAUACUACUCCACGUAGUCAGGUGGAUAACAAAAUGAAUAAUGAUAUUCCAGAACUGACAACUCAAAAUCCAAAUGUUAACUCAAUAAUCCAAACUACCUCAGUAUCAGAUAAUUUGAUUUCCACAAAUCCACAAACAACUGUUCCCACAAAAACUGAAAUGACAACUGAAGUAUCCUCUCUUGUGACAACGACUUUGCAGACUCAGAUAGAAUCCCAUGCCGAUCAUAGUAGUCUGCCACCAACUUCAAGCUCAACUGGAGAUGAUGAAAUUCCAGCUUCUGCUGAAUCGUCAGAUGAACCAUUCACUGAAAGUAAUAAAACUACUGCUCAAGCUAGCAGUACAACACAGCCUUAUCCAGAAAAUACACCAGAACCAACUCCAACUGCAGAAAUUAUAAAGACAAACACUACCAAAAAUGAACCAGUUUCUGAACCAUUUAAUAAUGUGACAGAAUCUAUACCAGAGACAGAAGUGUCUGCAGAACCAGAAUUGAAAAAUGGAACUUCAGCUGCAACUCCUGAACCUGAAUCUCAGACAGAAGCUACACCUGAUCCAGUUCCAGAGCCUGAAGAUAAUUCAACAGUUGGAGACCCAGAAUCAUCACCUGCCACUGAGAAUACAAAUAAUACAGGUAGUGGCAUUCCAGAAAGUACUGCAAAAACUGUAACCAGCAUAUUUGAUCAAACAACAGUUCCCAUAAAUAAAAUAAACACUACUGAAAGUGAUAUUAAUGAAACAAAUGGGAAUGAGACAGCUGUAGAAAGUAGUCCUAAACCAACUGUUGAACCAAAUCAUAAUGUUACAAAUGCAAUAACUCCAAAUCCUGAGUCCAGUGUUGAACCAGAAGACACUGAACUUCCAACUAAAAAUUCCACAACUUCUGAACCAACAACUCAGCCAGAGAAAACAAGUACUUGGUCUAUAUCUACACAAAGAACAACUAUCAUGCCAAACUCUUCAACUUCAAAAGUAGAACCGGAAGGUCAAGUUACACCUGAACCGGAAAGUGAAGUAACACCGGAACCAGAGGCUGAAAACACCACCCAUUCAGAACCUGUUGGAGGAAAUACAACAAAAUUAAGUGCUUCUUCAACACGUAAACCAACUUUGAUGACAACCAGUGAAAAGAAAAUUCCUAGUCCAGAACCUACUAACAACCCAGAAACUACUGUUUACCCGGAACCUAGUCCAGAAACAAGUGAUAAAUCAGUUACUACUGCUAACCCUUCAAGUAAUCUCACUACCACAGUAAAAGUAACAGUUGAACCUACAGCUGAGCCAGAAAAGUAUAGUUCAACUGAACAAACACAUAUUGAUAAUACAACAACGGCCAUACCAGACACUGAAGUUGAACCUGAACCAGAAGACGAAAAUCCUAAGUCAGAGCCGGAAGAUGAAGAAGGUGAUUCUUCUGGUAAACAAGAGUUUGAUACUGAUGCUUUUGCUGAGCCGGGUCCAGAUUGGAAACUGGCUAAACCAAUUUGGAAGGAAGCAUGGGAAUUUCAUGUAUAUUUUUAUGGAAUAGCUUUCUCGGUAUUGGGGUUAUAUUGUCUGGUGACUCUAAUUAGGCUUUGGGGUAUGGAGCACCUGUUAAGUAAGCAUUAUUUUAUCACUUUACAUUUACUUGUGAUAUUUGUGUGUAUUUUACGUGCCACGUAUUUGAUGGUGGAUGCGUACAAUUCGUUGGGAACAUUUCCAUCCGGUUUGGAUUAUUUCAUAUAUAGUACAGCAUUCCCAUGUUUGACUGCAUUAUUCAGUAUACUAUUUUAUGCUUUACUUCUUGCUACAAGAGUACGGGUCAUUUCACCUAAAGUUCAGAAUCUAUGGGUGCUAGUUUUUAUUGUGUCAUUGCAUUUUUUGUUAUCAAUAUCCACUGACAUUGUGGUAGGAUUAUUUUCAAGUGCUUCAAUAAUGAUCUUCAUAUGUCAAGUCUUUUUCAUAGUUUGGGGAUUGUUGAUGUUCGUAGGCUACUUGGUGUUGUUUCGAAAACUUUACAAAGGUGCUAUAAAUCGUCAAAAGACAAUGAUGGGAAGUCCUCAUGAACACAAAAACACUGCCACACAUGGAUAUCAUGUUAAACCGUCUAAGCAAAAAUACACGCUUGGUCUCGCUGUGAAAAUUACUUUUAUUUCGGCAUUCUUCGGAGUGGCAAUAGUGGGAUUUGAACUGUACGGUAUGUUUGGUGUUUAUGGUGUGCUGAAGUUGGAUACAAAACCUGACCCAUGGCCAUGGUGGACAUACCAUACUAUUUUGAGAAGUUUAGAAAUUUUAAUGUGCUUAAGUGUAGCUUAUGUUGCUAGUCAACCAUUGAGAUAUAAAAUGAAGAAAAAUCUUGAUAAUAGAAUUCAUCAUUAUUUAUUACCAUGUUGUAUAUGCUGCUGUCCUGACAGUCUUGAUCAGAAUGAAAUUUACAGUUCUUCUAUCAGUUUGGAUUAUGUUGCCUCGGAGACGGAUCAUUUAAGCUGGUUGAAAAAAAUGAAAAAUAAAACAUCUACACCAAAGGCACCUUAUCCACCACACACUGCUGAAAAAUAUUCUGAUCCAGAUGCGACUUUGUUGGUGCGUAAGAUUAAACGAACUAGUAAACCAUCAAUGCUUGUGGUGGAAGAUGGUUUUGUACGAAUUAGGCGGGAAGAUGAAACUUUGCCGUCAAAUCAAUACGAGCUUGAUUCACGAUCGUCUCAUUCCAGUGAUAUGAACACGGGACCAGAUGACCUAACUACGGGUGCUGUAGCAAAUGUUGUGAAUUUGAACUAUACUGGUCAUAAUAGACAAAAUGCUGCACGCGAAAAUGUACCAGGUGUUAAUUUUGAUAACUAUUUACUGCAGGGAAAUGUUUCAAAUAAUGGAUAUACAAAUGAUAAUGAAAGUGCUGAUGAAACCGAUAUUGAUAUAGUUGUGACUGAGAGUGAACACGAAAGUGAUAGUCGUGAUUCCUCUGGAGGUGGGGGAAGUGGUACAUCAAAUAAAAGUGCUGAUAUCUUUAGACCACUGUCAAUGAUUGAUUUGGCAGCAAGCAUGGAAUCAGAAUUAGAGCGUGCAUUUCAUUCCAGUGGUGUUGGGGAAACAGAUGUUAUUUCGCACAAUAGUUUACCUGUGUCGUUUGAUGGGUACAAUACAGAUUCCAAUGGUUGUGCAUUUAAUGAAAGCCUUUGUGAGAAAUAUUGUGAUAAUAAAACUGCUGGUGCAGCUACUAAUCUUGAUUCAACAAAUUACUCGUCAGAUUCAGCGGACGAUCAGUCUAAAUCCAGUGCACAUGUACGAUUAAUACGACCUCUUGUGCGGCGAUGCAAGAGUGACGACUCCAAAUCAAGUUCACCGAAGUACAAACACUUCGAAAAAAAUAAGUAUUUCUCCGUGUCAAGUGUUGAUAAUUUAGGAAAAGAUGAAGAAGUCAAUACACACGUUGGUUCAAACGGAGAAAUGCGGACAGAGUUAUGAUAUUUAAAAAUAUGUAGUAAAUAUAAAUUAGUCAUGAUGUCCAGUGUAUUUUUGUUUCAUAGAUGAAAUCUGCUGUAAUGUCUCGUAAAACUGUUUGAAAUGUGUUCCAUAUUUUGACACGCAUUUAGUUUUGUAAUAUGUAUUCUUGAGAUUAUUUAUAAUUAGGAACUUACAUAUAUAUUGUGUAAUUAUACUACAUUGUACAAGGUGGUUUUGAUGGCUUUUUUUUUUUACCUAUUUGCAGGUAGCAUGUGUAUUUUUAGUUACGGUUUUUAGUUAAGUAAAGGGAGAUAAUAUUUGUACUCUGUCCUAUAAGGCAGCAGAGAGUUAUCUUGUCAAACCCACUGCUCAGCUUAUAUCCAAUUUGUUUAACAUAAUUUAUGCCAGCCAAUACUUUUCUCAAUUAUCUUGAAUAUAAUAUUUAAAUGCAUCUUUAUGAUACUUUAUAAGUUUUAAUAAGUAUUUAAUUUUGUUGCUAAAUCUGAAAUACUCCCAAAAUUAAUGUCUUGCAUAAAUUUCAGCCAAAUACUACCUCAAGACAAAAUAAGGUUUUGACACUUAAUCUAAGGUUAACAGAUAAAAACAGUCUCUGUAACUGUAUCAGCUUGCUCACUUAUACUCACUUAUAUAGUACUGUCACUUCACUAAAUAUAACUCAUAUUGUCUAAAUGUGCUAGAUGUCAAUUUAUGAUAUUAUAAGUACCUGUUAAUCUUAUUGCAUUUAUGACAAAAGUUUACUGUAAUUUGAGCCUUGAAUCAAUACCCUAACACCCUCUGUGCAAAAUUCUAUAAUUAUUGCCAACAAUUAAGUGUUGUGAGAUUUGUUUGCUCAAAAACAUUUUUUAUGCAAGUGGCUUCUUUUUCUUUUUUAUCAUUAGGUUGUUUAUUCAUACUGGUAAGCUCAAAUGCUACACUGGUUUUCAAGGAUUGCAGGUCAGUCUUUAAAGCUACUCACCCACAGUUUGGGUGUAACUUUUCAACAUGUUCAUUUCCACAAAGUUUGGCAUAGAAUGUACAGAAUGGCACAGAAAAAUGAUAAAGUGGGCAAAAAUAAAAGUUCGAUAUCGGUAAAUAUGCAAGAAAAAUGUAAUUUUUCUUCAUUAUUUCAAAAGCGUUGCGACGAUUUACUAGGUUCUGCACAAUAUUUUUGGUUAUUUAUAAGAACAUCUUGCAAAAAUCCUGUCAAUAAGUUUGUACCACUAGUCACUUUCAGAGUACUCAUUUUUUAUAGAUUUUUGAGGGAAGUUAUUUUUCGCCUAAAAUGUGUGGGUUAGUCCCUUUCAAAAAAUGAAUUUUUGCAUACAUUAGCUGGCCAGUAGACUGGUAAACAAUCUUUGAAAUUAUUUUCUUUUGAUACAUCAGGGAUUUUUUUAUAUAUGGAUAACUAUGCUUAUAUAUGGGAUAUUUUUUUUUUGUUUCAGGCCUUGUUUUGGGAGUGACAAGGGCACAAACUCUUGUUGGUAUAUUAAAGGGGAAGUAAUAAACAUGACAAACUUCUUGGCAAGUUAUAUCUGUUCGAAACUCUUUGAGAAUCAGCAGAUGGUGUUGUAGUGAAUUCUACUUUGAAUUUUAGAAACAAAUUUUCUGUAAUUGUUAAAAUAUUAAAUUUUGUAAUUUUCUUACACAAUUCAUAUUCUAGUAAAGAACAUGUUCUGCCUUACAGCAUAAUGCAAAUAUGAAAAGAAAUUCAGAAAUCUUGAUGAAUUUUAAUCUUUAUCAUUUAAAUGUUUCUCCCAUUAUAAAAAACAAUUUUGAUUGAAAUGUUUGUGAUAUCUUGAACUGGUUGUUUAAUUGUUAUUUCAAUAACUGUUCUUGUUAUGAAUUAGUCGAAACAUUAAUUAUAGAAAAGAACAGUAAAUCAUAAGUUCUCAUAUCCAUAAUAGUAUGUGUUGUUUGCUUACUGGUAGAUAUUAAAGAAAUUUUGUCAUUUGAUAGUUAAAGGCUAGAACUUAUUAAUGCUCAUUUUCUGUGCAGGGCCUUUAAACAUCAAUAUUUAAAGUCUGAAAUUCACAACUUGGGGGGAGAGUGAGUGAGUUUGGUUUUACAUUGAAUCGACAUAAAAUGGUCAUAUAUCGCCGAGGACCUAAUGUUGUUAUACUUUCUGGUCAUUCAGGAUCAUGAAGUCCAUUCAGUAUUUUCUGAGUUAUAGAAUUUCACUUAAGCCGAUGCUAGGGGGGCGCGAAGGGGUGUUUCACAUUUUCUUACCUCUCAUAGACAGACUUAAAUGGAUUCAGCUAUAAUAUUACAUGGAUGCUCUCUUUGCUUCUAAAGGGUCUUCUGAUAAUAUCACACUUAAUUUUUGAAUAUCAAAGUUCACAGUGUAACUUGAAAUAUUGUGCUGCUUUUGUGGGAUCUAUGUUCUUGACAAAUUUCUUUUUAUAUAAGCUAUAUGUAUCUGUUUAAAAAAGUGGACGAAAAAGAUUUAGAAUUCCAGAGCCAAAGUCUAAAUUUGUGACUGAACCAUUGAUGAAUAUUGACUGAAAAUGAGAAACUCGAUUUAUAUUUGAUGUUUACAAGAAGAGAGUAAAUACUGAAUAAUUUGCACAAUAAAGAGGGAUAUAAAACUUCUUUAAUGUGUAACAUAAUAACACAUAAAAAGAAGUUUCUAGAAUUUGAUACAUUUAAGUAUGAAGAGUAAAAGGUUGAAACACUGUUCCUAAAUUAGUAAUCAAAUUGUUUUUCUUUUUAAUCUUUGAAUAAUAAUCAAAAUGAUGUUUGGUUCCUAUGCAUAACUAUUUCUGUUAUCUAUGUAUUCAUUGGGACAAGUGAACAUUUUUAUGUACAUUUUUAUGCCAUUUUCUAUGUAAUAUUUAUAUUGACAAAAAUCCAAGAAAAAAUAUGAAAAUAUAUCAUAAAAGUUA